AUGUCCACUGGCAAGCCCCUUGAAAAAGGGGAGGAAGCCCUUGCAAAAGGGAAACCCCUUGAGAAAGGGAACAAAGCCCUUGCAAAAGGGACACCCCUUGAGAAAGGGAAAGCCCUUGCAAAAGGGCAAAAUGAAGCCAGGUUCCAGGAGCUGAAGGACAAGCUGGUUAAGAGCCUCAAAAAGGGGAAGCUUGGUCCCAGGCUGGAAACUGGCACACCCCUUGGGAAAGGGACAGGUGCAAGCAGCAGCAAUGCUGCACCCCUUGAAAAAGGGAAAAAAAAACCUCUUGAAAAAGAGGAGGCAACAGCCCUUGAAAAAGGGCAAUUCCUUGAAAAAGGAAAUGUUGCCAAAAAGGUGGCAGUUCUGGAGUCAAAGACUGCCACCAACAAGCAGGCAAAAUCCCUUGCAAAAGGGAAGGAGACUGCAGCCCUUGAAAAAGGGUCAGAAAAGAAGCAGCCUCCUGAAGCCCAAUCAGAACCUUUGGCUGUGUUGGUUGAUUGGCACCAUUGCCUGAAAAAUGGUCCCCAGGACACUGUGCUGGUCCAGGACCUCAUGGCCCUGCAGAAGCUCCUUGACAAAGGAGUGGAGGUGCAUGUGCUCUCCUUCUGUGGGGCCAAGCAGGUCCCCAAAGUUGAAAAGGAAAUCUGGGACAAGCUCCCAGAUCUCAUUGACCAACUUCACUGGUGGGGAUGCUGCACCAGUCGCACUGGGGUGGGGGGCAAGGCAGAGUAUGCCACAGAGUGGGGCUGCCAGGUGGCCUUUGAUGAUUCAAAGGACAUCUUGCAAGAGCUGGGCUCAUGGGGUGUCAAAACCUAUGGCAUCCAGACACCCAGAGAGAGCCAUGCAUGGAUGCCAGAAAACUCCAGGUUUGCAUCCUGUGCAGAUGCAGUGAAGAAGAAAAUGCUAAUUUCCAAGAUGCCAAAACCAUUGAAAAAGAAAAUUUUGAAAAACAAGCCAUUGCAAAAGGGCAACUCCUUGCAAAAGGACAAGCCCUUGCAAAAGGACAAGCCCUUGCCAAAGGGCAAGCCCUUGCCAAAGGGCAAGCCCUUGCAAAAGGACAAGCCCUUGCCAAAGGGCAAGCCCUUGCCAAAGGGCAAGCCCUUGGAAAAGGACAAGCCCUUGCCAGAGGGCAAGCCCUUGCCAAAGGGCAAGCCCUUGCCAAAGGGCAAGCCCUUGCCAAAGG